AUGGAGGAAGCCCGUCACCUUUGCCGAGCCUUGGAACAGACAGGCAAAGGAACCUUCUUCGACCCUAGAAACCAGAUCCAAAUGGCUGUGGCUAACAUCAUCUGUACCUUCUGUUUCGGCCGAAGGUUCGACUAUACAUCCUCGGAGCUGCAUCAGCUAGUCUCCGGCCUGCAGGCUGUCUCUCACAUCUCAGGGCUGAGCAUCACCCGGGAGAUACCACUCCUCUUCCUCGCUCCCCGCUUCAAAGAAUUCCGAGAAGGAGAACUGACCUACCGGCAGAUUAUAAACGACCUCGUGACUCAUCACAAAGAAACAUUUGACCCGAGUCACCACCGUGAUCUUACCGACAAAUUGAUUCAGGAGACUUCUAACAAAGAUUCUAUCUUCUCGUUCGGUGGCGACAGGAUUUUUCGGACUUUGAUGGACAUGUUUGCAGCAGGGGCAGACACUACGUCCUCAGUUCUUCAGUUUGCCCUGUGGCAUAUGGCGCUGUACCCCAAAAUUCAGCAAAAGGUCCGUAGCGAGAUACUGACGGCUAUCGGCGCAGAUCAGGCCCCGGAGCUAUCGGAUCGGCCUCGCCUGCCCUACACCCAAGCCACGGUUAACGAGGUCUUGCGACUUUCUCAUCCUGUACCCUUGAGCCUGCUGCACCGUACUACGGCACCCCUGGAGUUAGCUGGCUAUCACAUCCCCAAGGGAACUGAACUGAUGACUCCCAUCGCCUGUCUGAACAUCGAUCCCAGAAUCUGGAGGGAACCAGACAUCUUCAACCCAGAAAGAUUCCUCUCCGAAGAUGGCAAGACGGUGGUUCAGCCGCCCGGGUUUCUGCCGUUUGGCACGGGUUGUCGGAUGUGCCUGGGAGAAACAUUAGCCCGCACCGAGUUGUUCCUGUUCUUUGCCGCCAUCAUGCAACGCUUCAUGUUUGACCUUCCACCGGACGCACCCAAGUCUCAUUCGGGCUUCUUGGGUUUCUUCUUGUGGUUUCCAGACCAGUUCAAAAUUAGUGCCACUCCUAACUUUCAGUCCCAGGGAUAA